CGCCAGAGCCGGCGCAGGGGAAGCGCCCGCGGCCCCGGGCGGCAGCAGCGGCCGCCUCCCGCGCCUCCCGGGCCCGCAGCCCGCGGUCCCACGGCCCCGGGGCCGGCACCUCUCGGGCUCCCGCUCCCCGCGCGCAAGAUGGCUGACCCGGCUGCGGGGCCGGCGCCAGGCGAGGGCGAGGAGAGCACCGUGCGCUUCGCCCGCAAAGGCGCCCUCCGGCAGAAGAACGUGCACGAGGUGAAGAACCACAAAUUCACCGCCCGCUUCUUCAAGCAGCCCACCUUCUGCAGCCACUGCACCGACUUCAUCUGGGGCUUCGGGAAGCAAGGAUUCCAGUGCCAAGUCUGCUGUUUUGUUGUGCACAAGCGGUGCCAUGAAUUUGUCACUUUCUCCUGCCCAGGCGCUGACAAGGGCCCAGCCUCCGAUGACCCCCGGAGCAAACACAAGUUCAAGAUCCACACAUAUUCCAGCCCCACGUUUUGUGACCACUGUGGGUCACUGCUGUACGGACUCAUCCACCAGGGGAUGAAAUGUGACACCUGCAUGAUGAACGUCCACAAGCGCUGCGUGAUGAACGUCCCCAGCCUCUGCGGCACGGACCACACGGAGCGCCGCGGGCGCAUCUACAUCCAGGCCCACAUCGAGAGGGAAGUCCUCAUCGUUGUCGUAAGAGAUGCUAAAAACCUUGUACCUAUGGACCCCAAUGGCUUGUCAGAUCCCUACGUGAAACUCAAACUGAUUCCUGACCCCAAAAGUGAGAGCAAGCAGAAGACCAAAACCAUCAAGUGCUCCCUCAACCCUGAGUGGAAUGAGACGUUUAGAUUCCAGCUGAAAGAAUCGGACAAAGACAGGAGACUGUCUGUAGAGAUUUGGGAUUGGGAUCUGACCAGCAGGAAUGACUUCAUGGGAUCUUUAUCAUUUGGGAUUUCUGAAUUGCAGAAAGCCGGUGUUGAUGGCUGGUUCAAGUUGCUGAGCCAGGAGGAGGGCGAGUACUUCAAUGUGCCGGUGCCGCCGGAAGGAAGCGAGGGCAGUGAAGAGCUGCGGCAGAAAUUUGAGAGGGCCAAGAUCAGUCAGGGGACCAAGACCCCAGAAGAAAAGACGACCAACACCAUAUCCAAAUUUGACAACAAUGGGAACAGGGACCGGAUGAAACUGACUGAUUUUAACUUCCUGAUGGUGCUGGGGAAAGGCAGCUUUGGCAAGGUCAUGCUUUCAGAGCGAAAAGGCACAGAUGAGCUCUACGCCGUGAAGAUCCUCAAGAAGGAUGUCGUGAUCCAAGAUGACGACGUGGAAUGCACGAUGGUGGAGAAGCGCGUGUUGGCCCUGCCCGGGAAGCCGCCCUUCCUGACCCAGCUGCACUCCUGCUUCCAGACCAUGGACCGCCUGUACUUUGUGAUGGAGUAUGUGAACGGGGGUGACCUCAUGUACCACAUCCAACAAGUUGGCCGGUUUAAGGAGCCUCACGCUGUAUUUUACGCUGCAGAAAUUGCCAUCGGUCUCUUCUUCUUACAGAGCAAGGGCAUCAUUUACCGUGACCUAAAACUUGACAACGUGAUGCUAGAUUCAGAGGGCCACAUCAAGAUCGCCGAUUUUGGCAUGUGUAAGGAAAACAUCUGGGACGGGGCGACAACCAAGACAUUCUGCGGCACUCCAGACUACAUCGCCCCUGAGAUAAUUGCUUAUCAGCCCUAUGGGAAGUCCGUGGAUUGGUGGGCAUUCGGAGUGUUGCUGUAUGAAAUGUUGGCUGGGCAGGCGCCCUUUGAAGGGGAGGAUGAGGAUGAACUCUUCCAGUCCAUCAUGGAGCACAAUGUAGCUUAUCCAAAGUCCAUGUCCAAGGAAGCUGUGGCCAUCUGCAAAGGACUGAUGACCAAACACCCGGGCAAACGUCUGGGUUGUGGCCCUGAAGGCGAACGUGACGUCAAAGAGCAUGCAUUUUUCCGGUAUAUUGAUUGGGAGAAACUUGAGCGCAAAGAGAUUCAGCCCCCGUAUAAGCCAAAAGCAUGUGGGCGAAAUGCUGAAAACUUCGACCGAUUUUUCACCCGCCAUCCACCAGUCCUAACUCCUCCUGACCAGGAAGUCAUCAGGAAUAUUGACCAAUCAGAAUUCGAAGGAUUUUCCUUUGUUAACUCUGAAUUUUUAAAACCUGAAGUCAAGAGCUAAGUAGAUGUGUAGAUCUCCGUCCUUCAUUUCUGUCAUUCAAGCUCAACGGCUAUUGUGGUGACAUUUUCUUUCAUUGCAAAGUUGCAUCCAUGUUUUUAUUUGCUGAUGAGUCUAGAGUGACCAUGUUUCAGAGCCCAAAUGUCCUCAGGUAGUUUGGAGCAUCUCUGUGAGAUGGGAUUAUGCAGAUGGUGUGUCGAAAUGCUGCUGCAUAAUUAACACAUUAUCAAAGUCCUCUUACAAUUUAUUUUUUCCAGCAUGUCAGCUAAGUAGAUCCAGUGGGGACAGAAAAUGCCUGCUUUCUCUCCCUUUUAUUCUGCACUGCUGUUUUCACACAUUCUCCAACUUCAACCAUCCAAUCUAGAUUUUUCCUACCAAAUGAGUGGAUAAUCAGAUGCUGGCAGUAUUCUUCCACUUCUGGACCUGGAGCUUGGCUUGUAUCCAAGUAUAUGGUUGCUUUGAUUUAGAGGAAAUUCCUCUGUUCUGCUCAUUGGAGACACCAUGAGCUUUGAAAAGAACAUGCUAAAAAUAAAAUUUUAUUUGUUAUUUUUUUUAAACUCAAAGUUAAGAAGAUUACCUAAGCCCUUUGAAAAUUCUAAGAGUGUGCUUUUAGACAGUUUCCAUCUAAAAGCACCUCAAAGGUCAAAAGGCAACCAACUUGGGUGCUACCUCAGGGCUGUAAUUUCUGAUACUGUAUGUUCUCCAUCAGCUUCACCCCCAAACUACUUGAAAAGGGCAUUUGGCACCGCUCCCUGAAAAGACAUGGUCACUCCAGCAAGGUCCCACCGGGCCACGGUUUUACAUUACAUUUCAAACUUUAUUUGCUUUGAGGUUUUAUUUCUGUUGUUGUUCAAAUGCAAAAAAAAAAAAAUUUACUCAUUUUGUUACACAUGCUUUGAGAUAUGUGUCCAAAUGUUAUUAACCACAAUGACCUGCUUUGAUUUACCGAGAAGAUGGCUCUGGAGCCUGGCAGACCCGUGCCCGUGUGGGUGGGAUUUGUCUAGGUUUGUUGCUGGCUUUGGAAAGCUAAUUACUUGCUCUGAGAAAGACACCAUUUCUUGACACAUAGACGGUUGUAUUCUUCACUUUGAUGUUGUUUUGUAAGAUGUAUGUGGAAGUGCUCAUUUGUAUCUGGAUAUCUGUUAUGUGCCAUUUUUCUUCUAGCAUCGAGAUACAAUAAAUAAAAAAAAGAAAGAAGAAGAAAUGCUAUUUCAAGGAAAAUGACUGUCUUUGAAAAAUGUGGACCCAAACUACAAAGUGGGGCCUCGUGAGGCUUCGGGACAGAAAGGAGCUAAACCCACAGCUUAAUCUUGGCCCCAGUGUCCAGCCAGUCAGAGAUGCUGGGACCAGGGACCAUUCAGGGACUCCUGGUGGCCUGCAAUGGGGUGGGGUGAGCUAGCAGGGGGGCCUCCAAGGAUAUCAGAGCUCAAAGCCCACUUUCCCACCAGAGUCGAGUUUAGGGGCCAGCUAGGAGCAUGGCUGGGGCAUGCUCUUGAUUUUCUUAUCAAAAUCGCCAGUCUUCCCAGCUUGGACUAAAUAUUCUUUCUAGCAAGCAGCUUUAUGAGCCCCCAGAAGCCCAAGGAAACCCCUUGGGUGGGGGAAGUCCCAUUUCCGUCUGAGCAGAUCAGGACAGCAAAUGGCUCCCCAUCCUGCCUGCUGCCUCCUGCUAUCGCAGGCAGCCCUAAAGAGAAUUCUUAUCACAAGUCGAGUGAUUUCCAGAAGCACCAGGGCUUCUGAGAGACCGUCAAGGGAACUUUAAAAACUUGAUAAAUGUCCUUGAAGUAAGACUUCUCAUCUGAAGAAAACCAUGAUUUGGAUUUCUGCUGAGGCCAAGGCCCUUCCAUUCAUUCCUUUCUGCCCUCUUGCUUCUCCUUUGGGACCAUCCCCACUGCCGCCAUGGUGGCAGCAAUCUAGACCUCAGGGGAAGCAAACUUGAAGGCCCAGCUGACAAGCUUAGGAAGCUUAGGGGGCCAGAGAAGGAGGGAGAUCGGGGCACAACCCUCUCAUUUUAUUGUUGGGGAAACUGGCAUCUGGAGAGAAGAAGUGACUUGCCCAAGGUUAGCCAGCUGGGAUGCAAACCUCGGUGUCCUGACUCUCAAUGCACCACUCUUUCUGCUCUAUAACUGGCCUCUCUGAGCCAUGCCCACCAACAGGCAAGUUAUUCGAGGUCCUUCAUCUGGCUGUUGGGUCACCAGGCUUUUCCUCGGAUAUACUCUCAGGAAGACAAAACCAUGAAGAAACUGGGCCACUGACAAAUGAUUUGAGACAACUUUAGAGAACAAUGUAAGAUAGAUAGAUAGA